AUGAGUCAAAGUGAGAGUCAGAGACGAAGGUGGAAUUCGAAUAGAGUAGCUGAGUCUGACGACUCAGCUAUUCAUAACGAGACGAUUCUCCGUUUGGUUUUCGAUUCUAUGAAGUGGGAUGUUCAUUCCUUAUGUCAAACGGCGUCGGUUGAUCGAAAUCUACGAGCAUUAGCGAAGAGGCUAUUAUGGAAGGAGAUGUGUAUUUAUCGCGCACCGCGCAUGAUAGCGUCGUUAAUGGACGGUGCGCCGAAUGGUCGGAUCGGAGGAGAAUGGGAAGCUAUGGCGAAAUUGUUGUUUUACUGUUGCGGGUGUAAUCCGACCCGACAUUUCCGAACGGGUCAAUCAUGUCCGGGUCAUUUCAUGAAAUCGUCUCGGUUUUCAAAGACGUCGGGUCGGAGUUUUUUAGUGAGGAGAUGUAGGACUGAUUUGUUGUACGUUAGUGAUCCGUGUGAGCAUGAAAUUAGGGAUAGGGGUGAUGAUUUAGGGAUUUUCAGAGGGGUAUUUGGAGGAUUUAUGAGAUCGAGGACGAGGGCGUGUUUGAUUACGAGAGAAUUGGAGGUUGAAGAAGGAGUGAGGUGUCCAUUUUGCGGUGGUAGGGUUUGGAGCAUGACGGCAGCUAGACUUGUACCGAAGAGCGCGGCGCGGAGAUUGGGUACGAUGGAAAACGGGUUGGAGUAUUUUGUGUGUGUUAAUGGGCAUUUACAUGGAAGUUGUUGGCUUGUGCACUUGUCGUCAGAGGAAGAUGGAAAUGAUGAUGAUGAUGAAGAUGAUCACGAGGAUGACAGAAAUCAGAUUGGCAGUAAUGGAUAGGAGGGCCUCACAUAAUGGCGAUCCUCGAUCGCCAUUUGGGGCAAAUCCAAUCCAGUGUCCCUGAAGAUGAGAGUCAGGGGCAGGACAGAGGGAUAUGGAUUUAACUGAUGUUUGAUUUGUUUUGAAAAUUUUGAAUAAGAGUUUCUGAAAGUUCUUUUUUUUUUGUAGAAACAUUUCUCAACAAACCAAACACCAAGAGAAGAACAGCUGAUUGUACCAAAGAGUAAAUA